UAAAACUAACCAGGAGAAGAAACAGAGGCAUUUCGCAGUGGCCACACAGAAAGGAGACAGACACAAACUGCAGCCAGGCUAGAGGCAGACUACUCUGAAGCAGACUACUCUGAAGCAGACUACUCUGAGGCAGACUACUCUGAAGCAGACUACUCUGAGGCAGACUACUCCGAAGCAGACUACUCUGAGGCAGACUACUCUGAGGCAGACUACUCCGAAGCAGACUACUCUGAAGCAGCUACUCUGAGGCAGACUACUCUGAGGGAGACUACUCUGAAGCAGACUACUCUGAAGCAGACUACUCCGAAGCAGUCCAGGAUAAGAACAGUAGUCUCCUUGAAGUCAGAAGACCCUCUUUCCCAAAGGAGAGAAUACUUGGAAGGAGAAUCAUUCACACCCAGGUGUUCUCCAGCUGUCAUCAUGACGCAGCAGCCUCCAGACGUCCUCACCGUAAUAGGUACCGGCAUAGUGGCUGACACUACAGCGUCUGGAGCCCUGUUACUGCUGCUCUGUCUCCUGCUCAUCACUACCUGGUGCCUCGCUAACGCAUCACACGUACCAGGUCCUUUCUUCUGGGCAGGUCUGGGUCCUAUCCUCUCCUACUCUAGAUUUAUCUGGACCGGGAUAGGAACAGCCUGUAACUACUACAACAAGAGAUAUGGGAGCAUGGUCCGGGUCUGGAUCAACGGAGAAGAGACUCUCAUUCUUAGCAAGUCCUCUGCUGUCUACCAUGUCCUGAAGAGUGCCCGCUACACAGCCCGGUUCGCCAGUAAACAGGGACUGCAGUGUAUCGGGAUGGACGGGAGAGGCAUCAUCUUCAACAGCGACGUCCCACUCUGGAAGAAAGUGAGGACAUAUUUUGCGAAAGCCUUGACAGGACCUGGUCUGCAGCGGACCAUAGGGAUCUGUGUGAGUGCUACAGACAGACACCUGGAGCGUCUGCAGGAGAUGACUGACCCCUCUGGACACGUAGACGUUCUCAACCUGCUGAGAUGCAUCGUGGUGGACAUUUCUAACAAACAGUUCCUCAGGGUGCCUCUCAACGAGAAAGAGCUGCUAUUGAAGAUCCAACACUACUUUGACACCUGGCAAACGGUUCUGAUCAAGCCUGAUAUCUUCUUCAAAUGUGGAUGGGUGUACAAGAGGCACCAACAAGCAGCCAAGGAACUACAGGACGUGAUGGAAAGCCUUAUUGAAACCAAAAGAAAAGCUAUCGUUGAAUCUGAAAAACUGGACGAUGAUCUCGACUUCACCUCAGAACUCAUCUUUGCCCAGAGCCACGGAGAGCUGUCGGCGGACGACGUGAGACAGUGUGUGUUGGAGAUGGUGAUAGCGGCCCCGGACACUCUGUCCAUCAGUCUGUUCUUCAUGCUCAUGUUGCUGAAGCAGAACCCUGAGGUGGAGAUGAAGAUUGUAGAGGAGAUCAGCACUCUCAUAGGUGAGAAUGACGUAUUGACAGUUGACUUCCAGAACUUCAGAGUGCUGGAGAGUUUUAUCAAUGAGUCCAUGAGGUUCCAUCCUGUGGUAGACUUCACCAUGAGGAAGGCGCUGGAAGAUGACGUCAUCGAUGGGACCAAGGUUACCAAGGGAACCAACAUCAUCCUAAACAUAGGGCUUAUGCACAAGACUGAGUUCUUCCCCAAACCCAACGAAUUCAGCUUGGAAAACUUUGAUAAAACUGUGCCCAGUCGUUUCUUCCAGCCGUUCGGUUGUGGCCCUCGCUCCUGUGUGGGUAAACACAUCGCCAUGAUGAUGAUGAAGGCUGUCCUGGUGACGCUGUUGUCGCGGUACACGGUGUGUCCUCGUCAUGGCAACACACUGAGCAGCAUCAGGCAGACCAACAACCUGUCACAGCAACCUGUGGAGGAUGAACACAGUCUGGCCAUGAGGUUCAUACCCAGAAUGACACAACUACCUGACCACAACCAGCCACCACUGACCACAACCAGCCACCACUGACCACCACUGACCACAACCGGCCACCACUGACCACAACCGGCCUCCACUGACCACCACUGACCACAACCGGCCACCACUGACCACAACCGGCCACCACUGACCACAACCGGCCUCCACUGACCACAAUCGGCUCCACUGACCACAACCGGCCACCACUGACCACAACCAGCCACCACUGACCACUACCGGUCACCACUGACCACAACCGGCCUCCACUGACCACAACCGGCCUCCACUGACCACAACCGGCCACCACUGACCACAACCGGCCUCCACUGACCACAACCGGCCUCCACUGACCACAACCGGCCACCACUGACCACAACCGGCCUCCACUGACCACAAUCGGCUCCACUGACCACAACCGGCCUCCACUGACCACAAUCAGCAACCACUGACCACAAUCAGCAACCACUGACCACAAUCAGCUGCCUGGUCGGUGGAGAAUGACCACAACCAACACUGACUUUUACCUCUGACCAUAACCAGGACUGACCACAACCAUCAAUAACCUGACCACAACCAUCAAUAACCUGACCACAACCAUCAAUAACCUGACCACAACCAACACUGACCUGACUGGUGGAGGACGAACACAGCCUGACCAUGCCCAGAAUGAUCACACAUUUCUCUGGCCACUCGAUCACAACCACUGACACACACCCAGCACUGACCAUAUAUAUACGAGUUACCAAGACAGUACAAACAGAUAUCUUUAAAAAAACAUAUUUUUUAGUCAUUUAGCAGACGCUCUUAUCCAGAGGGACUUACAGGAGCAAU